GUUUGGUUAUAAAGAGCUAGGGAAGAAAGAGAGGCAGCAUUUCAGCCCGCAUCUGGGUCUUCAGCGAACUCUGCGAUGGCAGUCAGAAAAGCUGAGUCACUGCAUUACUCCAUAGGGCUCUUGGGCAUUUCCGCAGGAUCACUCUUGCUGGCAGUACAUUUCUACAGUUCACUCAGAGCAGCCCCUGUGAUCCCCAGCACAGCUCUAGGGAUUCUUCUGUUGAUUUUGUCAUCUCUUUUGGCAUAUGCAGGAAUUUGGAGAAGCCUAAGAAAUGCCGUUCUAUUCUCGUCUCUUUUCCUGACCAUCUCAGUGUUCUGGUGUGGCUAUGGAGUGGUCUUCAUCCUGCGAGGGCAAGGAGUUUUGAACGACACCGGUGACUUCCGCAAUGCCUUGGUGCCUGGCCUGGUCACGUUUAUUUUGGCACUACUCAUUAUUGCAGUGGUGGGCUUCCUUAACAAAGAGGUCAUUCUAGCUAUGAUUGCUUCUGCUGUCUCACUUGCCAGUGCUCAUGAAGUUGCCAUGCAUUAUAACACAGCUUUUGGUUCCUCUGCUGUGGCUUGCAACUAUAUGGUUGUCUGCUUAGCUGGUGGUUACUUUGCUCUGGGAAGGAUUCUUUAUUUCCUCUCCAAAGAGAAAAUUGCCAUGCCUGGCACAGAUCUUGCCAAAAAUAAGGCCCAUGAGCAGAUCCAGUCCACCAGUGUCAGGAUGAAUCAUUUUGCAGUCACUGGUCUUAUCCUGAACAUGCUGUCUGCCAGUGUCUUCGGCUGUAGGCUCCUGGGUGUCACUAGCAAACUAUUUAUUGGUCAGGUGCCCUGGCUGUGGGCUGCCGGGAUCUACCAGAUUGGAGUCUGCAUUUUAUCAUACCGUGCAAUGGAUGUACUAAUGGCUACAUUCUUUGGUUUCACUUCCAUCCUGAAAUUUGCUGGGGGCUAUUGCCUUCUAUACCCAAUCUGGCAAACAGAGGAGCCAACUUUUCCUAUCCCAUUCCUGGUGGUUUUUUCAAUUCUUUUUGCAGUCUUGGCUCUUUUUCUCACUCUUAAGAGCCUGGUGGAUGGUCUGUAUUUGCUGUUUUACGUGGCCUACUGCAUUGCAUUAGCUUGUUGUCCCAAGGGAUUUUUUGAAGGUGGACCUCAAGGUGUGGAUGUGGCCAUCUUUGUGGCCUCAGCCUUGAUGACUCUGAUUCACCUGUACAAUGUGAGAGCAGGUGCCAAAAUCCCAACAGGGGAGGGUGUUGUGAAGGCCCUGCUUGCUAGCAGCAGUUUUCUGAAGCUUCGUGAUGGGGCAAACCUUCACACACCCUAUUUAGGGUAUUCAAAGUAUGCAGAUGCUGAAGUACUUGGCUAUGCAUGUAGUGUUCUCGCUUCGUUUUCAAUAACAGUGACUGGGGACCCACAAGCUCCGCUUGCUACUGUUGUAAUUCCAUGGGUAGUGGUAGCUGGUGGGAUCCUUAAGCUUCUAAGUGGCUCAGUGGCCUUUGCCCGGGGUAAAACCCUGGAGAGCAGUGCCUUCAUUCUUUAUGCUGUCAUGUGGAUCAUCUGGGGCUUGACGAGAUAUGGUGGCCUCUAUGGCACCAGCAGAAGCUUCCACACAGCUGUAGGGAUUAUUGCUUUCAUGCUCUUCAAUAGCUUCAUUGUCUUCUGCACACUCUUCUUAAGCAUCAGCUGGUUCUUUUACUCCCUCACUUUCUUGCUUAUUGCUGUCAGCUUCUUGUUGGAUGCCAUCAGUGCUCUUCCAGCUGGCUAUGACAUCGCUGCCACUCUCAUCUUUGGUCUGGUCAGCUUUUACUGCUUCCUGUCUGCCCUUUUCAACAGCACCUUUGAGGGUUCCUGCUUACCAAUGGGUAGGCCCCUUGUGCAGCUUAGUGGUGUGGUAGGAGGAAUGACCAAGUGCCUUCACCUGCCUGCCAGGAAAGCUUCCUCAGUCAAGAGAAUUGCAGAUAUCCUGAAGAAUGGAGGGACCUGCGGCAUCCCCACCGAUACUGUGUAUGUGCUUGUAGCAGCCUGUAAUCGGCCUGAUGCUGUGGAGAAAGCUCACCGCUCCAAACAGCAGGCUCAGGAGCGCCCCAUGUCACUCUGGAUUUCUAGCCUGAAGCAACUGGAACCUGCAAAACAUUUGUUCAGCCCCCUCCUCUGGGACUUCAUGGAUGCUGCCUGGCCAUCUCCUAUUAGCUUGGUGAUUCCCAGAGGUAAAUGGGUGGACUUCCUGGGGAUGAAGGACUCUGCUAAAUAUGUUGGUACUCCUCAGAGCGUUGCCAUCCGCAUCCCUGACUGCUCAGUCACCACGCACCUCAUUGACUUGGUUGGCCCCAUUGUGGUCACAUCAGCUAAUCCAACAGGAGAGGCAGACACAACACACCACAACCAAGUGUAUGCAAAGCUGGGAGAUAAGGUGGAUGCAGUUCUUUGCGAUGGUCCUUCUCCAGAGAAUAUUGCCUCUACUGUUGUGGACUGCACCAAAAUUGACAGUGGAAACAUAGGAUUCUUCAGAGUUGGUAUAAUUCCCAAGUCUCAGGUGCUGCAGAUACUGGAGCAGGUGCAGAAGAAAUACUCAGUGGUCCCUAACAGUGACGGCUGCACCGCAAAAGGCCGGGAAGAACAUCUGAAUCAUGUCCAUGCUGUGCACAACGGGGUGGGCACGGCUGCCUCAGCAGAGAGAUUUGCAUUGCAGUCUGCUGAUGGAGGCCGUGAGAACCACACUCGCCUCUGACUUCUGUUCAGGUCAAGCAGUUAUGUGCUCACUAGGGAGGUGUUUGCUGGAAAAUGAUGUAUAGGUCAAACUGGGGAAUGGGAAAGAUUUCUCAGCUACAGGGGUGACUUAUUCACCUUUCUAUGGAUACUGCUAAAAUAUCCCUGAUUUACAAUCACAUUCACCCAGUUUGUAGAAGCAGUAUUUUCACUUAUAGAGAUUGCCGGCUCUCACUGAAAGGAAAGUGUUACAUCAGUGACUGGCUGAGCCCAGGGUAACAGAGCUUUUUUUUUUUUCGUAGAAGUUAAUGCCUUUGGUUUGGGGCAGAGAAUAACUUGAAACAUUAUAUAAUUAUAUGUUAGGGAACAAACACUGCAUGAGGCUGGAAAUGGAAGAGGAAGAAGGGAAGGUGUAUUCAGCUACUAUCUUAGUGAAUACAGUGAACUUCUUAAAAAGAUGAAGCAAAACGUAGUCUUGGGAACUGGGGCUAUCUUUGAUAGAUCUCUGAAUGGAAGUCACAAAAGCCAACACUAAAACAAGUGCUGUUGUCUGAGGUGCCAUUUUUGGAUUUUCACAGUCAGUGAGAGGGUAGAAUUAUCAUUUUGAUGUCUCCAACAAUACCGCCUUAGAAGUGCUGGAGCAGUAUGGAAGACCCUCACUUCUCUUUUUAUCUUCUGCAGAGUAUGAAUUUCAAAGGAAUCAUAUGCACUGCACUGGAAAAUGCUAGAAGCUGGUCUCUUGCCUUUUGGCAUAACUGUACAUACUUCAUGGUACAUUUCCUUCAGGGUGCACAUCUUGUACAGAGUGGUAUCUGAACUGGAGGAAGUAACAAGAAAUUUCAAAGAAAUUCAAGGAGUUUUCCUUGGUCAAAUCUGCAUGGCCAUACAGUUAGUGGCUUGUUUGGCCUCUGAAAGCUAUUGACAUUACUCUUACCUGACUCAGGUGCACGGUGCUGAUCAAACUCCAGCUGAAACCAAUGAACAAUCUCAUUGAUUUCACUUGGAGCACUAUUGGAACUUAAGCAUAAAUGCUGUGCAGUCAAAGUAGCUAAACCUCUGUGAACCAUAUCUUCUGAGCUUGUUCUUUACAGAACUGGUUCUCUUCCUGCAGAGAAAGAAACUGCCAGAUAACUGAGUUUGUGAAAUCAUUUCACUGGUCUACUUACUGUAUCUCUUUGGUGUCUCUUAAAACUGAUUUACAGAAUUCAAUAAAAUAUUUUCAAUAAACAGUCAUAAGUCACGCAGGACUGUGCU